AUGUUCCUCUCUCGAGCUGCAGCUCGACUCCCCCGAGUCCGAGCACAGCGUAUAGCUCUCCCCGCACGGCGCUAUUACAGCCUGGAUCAGAGCAAAUUCCUCAAGGUCUCGGAGGAAAUUCGCGAUGCAGUCGCCACAGGGAAGCCUGUUGUUGCUUUGGAAUCAACCAUCUACACUCACGGGUUUCCAUAUCCCGAGAGCGUCGCUCUGGCCUCGCUUCUCGAGUCCGUGGUCAGAGUCAAUGGCGGUGUUCCCGCGACUAUUGGAAUCCUCAAUGGUGUAGCUCGCGUUGGUCUGAAUGCGGACGAGAUCAUCGAGCUUGCGUCGACGGCAGAGACGAAGAGUGCGCUGAAAGGCCUGGCUGGAAAGCGUCUUCAUGGCGGUACGACCGUUUCUGGAACCAUGAUCCUGGCUCACCUGGCCGGAAUUCGUGUUUUCGGUACCGGCGGACUUGGCGGCGUCCACCGUGGUGGUGAGAACUCUAUGGAUAUCUCGGCCGACCUGACCGAGCUCGGACGCACCCCCGUGGCGGUCAUCAGCUCCGGAUGCAAGAGUUUCUUGGACAUCCCGCGGACGCUCGAGUACCUCGAAACCGAAGGCGUAUGUGUCGGCACCUUUGCCGACGGCCGUCAAGGCUCAGUCGACUUUCCGGCGUUCUUCACCCGCGACAGUGGCAUCAAGAGUCCCAAGGUCAUCCAGGACGAAGCUGAGGCCGCGGCCAUCAUCUAUGCUCAAUCCAAGCUCCCCCUCUUUUCGGGAAUGCACUUUGCAAACCCCGUGCCUCUUGAGCAGUCCAUUCCCAAGCACGAAAUGGACUCCAUCAUCGAAGAAGCCAUCCGCCUCGCAGAGGUCGAAGGCUUCCGCGGUAGCGACAACACGCCCUUCGUCCUGGGCAAGAUCAAGGAGCUCAGCGGCGGGAAGAGCGUCGCCGCCAACCGCGCCCUGGUCGAAGCCAACGUGAAACGGGCGACCAAGGUUGCCGUCGAGUUAGCCAAGCUUGAGCAAUCCGUCGGCUCCAAGGAGCGGCACAUGCCAGCUAUCUCCGGGUCCACGAGAGCUGACCAGACGACUGAGGCAGAGCCGCCGCAACCCCCAGCCACUAAAAGCCCCGCUACCGACCAGGUCCCAGACAAGGUAGACAUCCUCGUCGCCGGCUCUCUAGCCAUCGAUCUCGCCUGUGACUACGUCCCUCCCGCCGGAGAGAAAACCCCCGCCCCGCUCGCCUCCACCUCCAACCCCGCCGCUAUCAGCCAAAGUAUCGGCGGCGUCGGCCAGAACGUCGCCAUCGCCGCGCACUACCUCGGUAGCUCCGUGCUGUUCUGCAGCGUCGUCGGCGACGACCUCGGUGGCCGCACCGCACUGGCCGGCCUGCGCGCCGAGAACCUCUCCACCACUGGCAUCCAAAUGCUGACGGGGUCCCGCACUGCACAGUACGUCGCCAUCAACGACGCCAAGAAGGACCUGGUGCUCGCGAUGGCCGACAUGGGGAUCAUGGAGCAGCCGGAGACGGCGCUAGACUUUGACACUGUGUGGGAGCCGCUCGUCGCGCGCACCAAGCCGCAAUGGGUCAUCGUCGACGCGAACUGGAGCCCCGCCGUGAUGGGCCGGUGGAUCGCCGUCGCGCGCCGCCACGGCGCACGGGUAGCCGUCGAGCCCGUGUCAACAGCCAAGAGCCGGCGUCUCUUCGACGGCGCCGACGCGCCGAUCAGCGCAGCCGACUGCGUGCCGCACCACGCCGUCAGCCUCGCUGCCCCGAACCAGCUCGAGCUGGCCGAGAUGUACGCGGCGGCGCGGGAGCACGGGCUGUUCGACUCCGACGGCUGGUGGGGCGUGAUCGAUGCAAUGGGCAUGUCCUCCGCCGGGUCGCGCGAUCGCCUCGUCGCGCUGACGUCGGCGCAGCUGGUCGACCAGGGCAUCCCGCAGCAGAGCAUCCAGCUGCUGCCGUUCAUCCCGUGCAUAGUCACCAAGCUGGGUGCGCAGGGCGUGCUUGUCACGCAGCUGCUGCGGCCUGGUGACCCGCGGCUGACGGCCCCCGAGUCCGCGCCGUAUAUCCUCUCGCGGGCGAGCGGGGACGCCGGCAUCGGCGGCGUGUACAUGCGGUUGUUCCCGCCGGCGGCGGUGCUGGCGGAUGCGGACGUGGUCAGCGUCAACGGGGCGGGCGACACACUGCUUGGCGCGGUGGUUUCGGGACUGGCGCGCGGCGCGGCAACGGUCGAGGAGGUGAUUCCGCUGGCGCAGAGGGCGAGUGUGCUGACGCUGCAGAGCGCGGGGGGCGUGAGCCGGGAGCUACGGGGCCUAUCGAGUACAUAG